UGUAUGCAAACGUGACCUUAAAUAACAAUACAGUAUACUCAUACUGACACUGUGGUUUCUACUAGUCGUCACACGCACUGUAAAAUGUACCAUCUUUUCUGACUUUCCUAUUCCUAGAAAAAAAGCAGUUGCAUUUGGAUUGCAUUUUGGAACACUCAUCAGCACAUUGACAGCAAUUCAUUUUUAGCUUCACAGAUUACUAAUGACCUUUUACGUUCACAAGAAAAAAUGACCACAGUCGAAGUUCUCAGAGGUGAUAAAGUCCAGCUGCACAAAACUCGUGGAAGGAGGUAUCAUCCACAUGGCCAUGGAGAGGAGACCCACUUCAGGCCUCACAUACAGCAUGUUGAGCCCCACUACACAGAAAGUGACCUUGACUGGAAUUCAAGGGUACGAUGGCUUCCUCAUCCUCGCUAUAGUGAUGCCCCAUUCCCUGAAAUUAAAGCAAUUAGAUUUCCCAGUGAAACCAGACUGCUCAGGUCAUUUCCAGAAGCAAAUAUGGAGUCGAAUUCAGAAUGGACAUUCUAUCCCAGAUUUGGCCUUCCUGUGACCUAUCAUUUUGGGAAAAAGUGUACCAUCAAUGGGGUUCACGUUCGUAACUUGACGUCCACAUCUGAGCGAACUGUACCUAUGAUGGUAGGGAGGAAAAAGCAGACCAUUAGGUCCCAUAGUUUGACCUCUCCAGGUAAUAAGCCUUAUUAUACUGCUGAGUACAGCCCAGGCUUUCACAGGAUGGGAUCAACUAGACCUCUGCCUAACUUUAGGGGAUCACCAAUCAUAAGAGCUGACACAUUCAUUCCUCUUCAGCCAGUAUUUCCAUGCAAACCUUUUAAAGAGAUGCAGAAGAUUCAACACCGGGAGGAGGAAUUGCACGAAGUAAAGAUGUUGAGUACUUGGAGGCCAGCAUCACCUAUUCUUAAAUCUGUCUUUUACAACAAAGCGGGGAAAAAAAGAGUCAUGUGAAUUUACACCUGCAUAUAGUAGCUAACUGGUUAAGGAUAAUAGUUGUUUUUUAAAUCUUCUGUUUUGUAAAUCCUGAUAAAGGGCACGGAAACGCUGAUUUGACUUGUUCACUAUUUAACCUUGAUGUUGCACAAAUAAAAGUUACAAAGAAUUGGAUGGAUAGUCUUAUUGCAGCUACAAUUGAAAGUAAUAUCCUUUCAGUUAGAGAACACUGUUGGGAGGUUGACAGAAAAAUGUAUUUGGGUUUUAAACCAGAAAACUCCCAAGAUCACAGCCCAGUUGUAAACCUCAAUGAACACCCUUGACCUCAAGUUAAGAGCAGAGGUAUACAGUGAUAUUUGGGUCUUAUUUUCAAAAAGAUUGUUGCAUCCCAAAAGCUUCUAUUUUGGGACUGAACCCAGAGUUGAAGCACAGUGCUUUCAGCAUGAUAGAGAUCUUGAGUGAAUGUUUUUCAUGGUUAGGAUCAUAACAUAAAUUGCAUCAUGUAAAGUCUGUAAAAGUAAUUACAGGUAAUAAGAAAUAAAUCUGA